UCAUUGGAACACUGCAUUCUACGCCUCUAGCCUGGCUCGCUCUCUCUCUCCCUCUCCCUUGCUCUCCCUCAUCUCAUUGUAUCAGAGGAGGCCAAAUCUGAAGUCCAUCCCAGGGAGUGGCUUUGUUCCUCUUAUUCUCCAGCCAGCGUGGAACAGUGUGAGAAGGAGAGAGACACGUUCAGCAGACAAAGGAGCAGAGAGAGCACAGAGCACCACAACAUGCUGCUCCUGGGCCCCAAGGUGCUGCUGCUCCUCACCGCACUCCUCAUCCCCGCUGAGUGGAUGCGCUUGGGUGUCAAUGGUCAAAGAGGAGAUGAUGUGACUCAAACGACUGCAGAAACGUUCACAGAUGAUCCCAAUCUGGUGAAUGAGCCCUCUACAGACGAAACAGUUCUGGCUGAUAUCGAGCCCUCCACAGAUGACCUGGCCUCGCCCAGUGAUAAAAAUGCCACCGCAGAGUGCCGGGAUGAGAAGUUCGCUUGCACACGACUCUACUCUGUUCAUCGCCCAAUCAAACAAUGUGUUCACCAGCUAUGCUUCACCAGUUUACGACGUAUGUACAUCAUCAACAAUGAGAUCUGCUCCCGUCUUGUCUGUAAGGAACACGAAGUUAUGAAAGAUGAGCUUUGCCGUCAGAUGGCUGGUCUGCCCCCACGGCGACUCCGCCGCUCCAAUUACUUCCGACUUCCUCCUUGCGAAAAUGUGAAUUUGCAGAGACCCGGUGGUCUGUGAUCAUCAUCAAGGAAGAGGAAAGAAGCAAGAAUACGUGGGUGAGAGGAAGGAGAAAUUCCUUCUGCUCCGACCAUCGCCAGCUAACCCAUACACAGUAGUAUUUUUUAAGCCAAUGCCUUUGCAAUGUCCAGCUUUUUGCCCCUAUUCCCUAAUUUUUCACCCAGAUAACAUUUAUCUCAUUUUUCAGUACUUAGAAUACAACGUAUAUAUUAUUGCAUGGUCUUGCUGCUUCCCCAUAUGAUAGACAUAGUGGAUAAGGAUGACCAUAUGGUUUCUAUACAAACAUUCUACAUUCAAUUUCAAGGGAGACUAGAUGUUAGAUUAAUAAUCUUUACUAUUGGAUCUGGUGAAGAUAGAGUUUCGGAUGUCUAUCCUUGUCUCUUCCGGUUAACCACGGACCAUCACUUAUUUUCCCUUGAGGAGUUUCCUGGAUUAAUUGCCCGUCAUUUACAUGUUUCUUUUUAUUCUUCAUGAUGUUGCCCAAUUGUCUAAAGUUUUCCCAGCAGGUCUUCUUUAUGGGAAAGAUGACGGCAGCUUUUACAGUUUCUCCAACAGAGCCAUGGAUUACACCUGCAAUAUAAAGACCCCAAAUGUCUCUGCUAAUCUCAGAGGCAGGGGCUAAAGAGAGAGAGGACUAUGCUUGGGGGAGAACUUGUGCUCAACACUGCCCUAUCCAACUUUUCACGCAAUUGUCCAAUGAGGAAGCAGGACAGGAAGUAUCUCCUCUUUUCUCAUCCAUUUAUGGCACCACAAUCGGCCUUCCACAUCCAUGGGUUCCAAAUCCAUAGGUUCAACCCAAUGUGGGCCAAUACGCACAGAUUUUCCUGGUCAUUCCCUAUACAAUGUAGUCAACAACUAUUUACAUAGCAUUUACACUGUAUUAGGUAUAAGAAGUAAUCUAGAAAUGAUUUAAAGCAGACAGGAGGAUGUGGGUAGGUUGCAUGCAAAUACUAUACCAUUUUAUAUGAGACUUGAACAUCCGAAAAUUUAGGUAUCAGGGGUAGAUCCUGGAUUGAUUCCCCAUGGAUACUGAAGGCCUACUGAACAGGUUAGCCGAUCUCCGAAAAGCUAACUAGACAAGUUGAUGUGAAACCACACCAUUGGUCAGCGUUUCCUUGAGUUGUUGCGACUUGUCCACCUUCACCACUUACCAAGUAUGCAAACAGAGAUCAGUGUACAAAUCGCUUCCGGAAUAUCCUGAUUUGGAGCCUGAAUUUCAACAGGCAAACAGAAAGUUUACCUAAUAGCUAAUGUGAAAGAAGGAUAAACACAAUAUUCAGAUAGUCCACAUUCUUAUCCUGGCCCCAGCAGGAGCCCUAUAGACUCAGAGAAAUCACUUUCCCUCAUUGGGUCCUAAUUUAAUUUAUCUCAUUUUUAAAAUGAAAUGGUUACAUUUAUGUUUAAGUUGCUUUUAAUUCUUCAAUUCUCUGAGUUGAAAUGCAUUAGUCAUAUUUCUUGACACCGAGACGCAGUCCAACUCACACAAACUUGUCUGUCUCAUCGUGGAUAAGGAUGCAGUCCACAAUGUAACUGAACAAAAUCCCGUAGUAGUGACAAAUUAUGUAUUAAGGAUCUUCUGUCUAAAGAACUCAAUAACUUUCUAUAAAAGCCAAGAGAAUUCAAGAGGAAUUAGGGGACAAGUUACAUCUGACAAUAGGGGUUGGAUUUCUUUCACGUUGAUGAGAAAACUAGCUAAAUGUGUGUUGGAUUCCUACUGUUAAGUAACAAUGAGAUUAACAUAACUUAGCUUAAUGGGAUUGACAUAACUGAUUAAAGAGAAAUGCUAGAAAAAUCCCGAAGUAUGUCAUCACUACUCCUUGCCAUCUCUAGAAUUAAACGUACUCAUAGACAGGUGCAUUCAAUGUAUACUGUAACCACUGUAGAGAAGCCUCAUAGGCACAGAAUUUCAAGAAUCAUUUGAAAGAAUCUGCCUAUGAACUUGACCCGCCUACUGCACAUUGAACGAGAGGUGACAUUCCCAGCAGAUAACACUUUUAUGCCUGUAUUGUGUCUAUUGAAAAUUAAACGUUUUAAAAUAAAUUUUCCAAUCUCUCAGAAUAA